AUGUGGGCGCACUCGGUCAAUCGCGACAGGCUGCAGCGCGUCGACAGCAGCACUGUGCCGAGUCAAUGGCAUCGCGUCGGAGCGCCCACGGAUGAGCGGUUCGCCGCGGAAAGCACGCUGCAUCCCACCGAAGAGGUCGAAGAGCCCGACAAGGACUACUCUGGCACGUUUGGCGAGCGCGACGUCGGAGGCUUCAACGAACAAGAGGCCGUCGAGCAGUUUGAAGCGCUUAGAAGGGACCUCACCCAGCUUAGCAAGACGCGUUCUGGAGAGUCGCCGGCUUCCGUCCGGAGAUCGAGCACCAUUCGCAGCGGUCUGACGCGCACCAAGACUAAAGAAAGCACUCUAUCCCGCACCAAGUCUCGCACCUCCGCCGACAGGCCCCAGAAUGAACGCACGCAAGAGGAAGAGCAUCGAUCCGAUGACGCCGAUCUCGAAGCAGGUCCUGACGAGAAGAAGGAUGACGAGGGCGAUGAAGACGAGCUGGACCUUGGGGAAUUUAUGCGUGAGGGUCAUUUCGAGCGUCGAUCUGACGGAUCCUCUGAAAAGAAGGUCGGUGUCAUUUACAAGGACCUCACCGUCAAGGGCACUGGUGCCACUGCCACCUUUGCAAGGACCUUGCCCGAUGCCAUUAUUGGUACGUUUGGCCCGGACUUGUAUCGCAAUCUUUGCCAUUUCUUCCCCGUUUUUGCCGCGAAACAGGGCAACUUGCGUACCUUGAUCAACGGCUUCAGCGGGUGUGUCCGUGAUGGCGAAAUGAUGCUUGUGCUUGGUCGACCCGGCUCGGGAUGCAGCACUUUCCUCAAGGCCGUUGCCAACAACCGCGAAUCGUAUGCAGAAGUCUCCGGCGAGGUGACGUACGGUGGUAUUCCCGCGGAGAAGCAGAAGAAGAUGUAUCGUGGAGAAGUGAACUACAACUACGAAGAUGACAUCCAUUUUGCCCGCCUGAACGUAUGGCAGACCUUCAUCUUCGCCCUCCUCACCAAAACGAGAAAGAAGUCGAAAGCGGAAAUUCCCAUUAUUGCGAAUGCUUUGAUGAAAAUCUUUGGCAUCUCCCAUACCAAAUACACGCUGGUGGGAGAUGAAUAUACCCGGGGAGUGUCUGGUGGAGAGCGGAAGCGUGUCUCUAUUGCUGAGACUCUGGCUUCCAAAGCUGCGGUUAUUGCGUGGGAUAAUUCCACGCGUGGCCUUGAUGCGUCCACUGCGUUGGAUUACGCCCGUUCCCUCCGGAUCAUGACUGACAUUAGCAACCGGACCACUCUCGUCACCUUGUACCAGGCUGGUGAGGGCAUUUACCAGCUGUUUGACAAAGUCCUCGUCAUCGAUGAAGGCCGCGAAGUCUUCUCCGGCCCGGCCAAGGAUGCAAAGCAGUACUUUAUCGAUCUCGGCUACGAAUGCCCGGAACGCCAGACGACGUCCGACUUCCUCACUGCCUGCACGGACCCGGUCGAGAGGAGAUUCCGCCCUGGCUGCGAAGACAGCACGCCCAAGACACCCGAAGAGCGCGAAAAGGCGUUCCGAGCCUCGCCAAACUAUCAAAAGGUCCUUCAAGACGUGGAAGAGUACGACAAAUAUCUGAAGGAGUCCAACUUUGCCGAUGCAAAGCGCUUCGAAAACGCCGUGCAAGAGGACAAAUCGAAGCGAGUGCCCAAGAAAUCCUCCUACACCGUGUCAUUCCCCCGACAAGUCAUGGCUUGCACCAAACGCGAGUUCUGGCUCUUCUUUGGCGACCCCACAACACUCUACACCAAGGCCUUUGUCAUCAUCUCCAACGGUCUGAUUGUCGGAUCGCUCUUCUACGGCGAGCCCCUGUCUACUGCCGGCGCCUUUUCGCGUGGCGGCGCCAUCUUCUUCUCGAUUCUGUUUCUGGGUUGGCUGCAACUGACUGAGCUCAUCAAGGCCGUGUCCGGACGCGUGGUUGUGGCCCGUCACCGAGAUUACGCCUUUUACCGUCCAUCGGCCGUCAAUAUCGCACGAGUCAUUGUCGACUUUCCCGUCAUUUUCGUCCAGGUCGUCAUCUUCAGUGUGAUCAUGUACUUCAUGUGUGAGCUCGACCUCGUGGCGAGUAAAUUCUUCAUUUACUUGCUCUUCGUCUACACAACGACCAUUAUGAUCACCUCACUGUACCGGAUGUUCGCCUCACUCUCUCCGGAAAUCGAUACGGCUGUCAGAUUCUCAGGAUUGGCUUUGAACUUGCUGGUGGUGUUUACUGGUUACGUGAUUCAUAAACCACAGCUACUCUCGAGAUACAUCUGGUUCGGCUGGCUAUACUACAUCAACCCCAUCGCCUACUCCUUCGAGGCCGUCCUCGCAAACGAGUUUCAUGGACGCUCAAUGCAGUGCGCCAAUGAACAGCUGGUUCCUCAGGGCCCGGGAAUCGAUCCAGCAUACCAAGGCUGCGCUCUAACGGGAGCCGCGGUCGAUGCACACUCGGUCAACGGUCCCACGUACCUCCAGACGACAUUCAACUACACCUACUCACACGUCUGGCGGAACUUCGGUGUCAUCAUCGCCUUUGCGGUGCUCUACAUCCUGGUCACCGUCUUUGCGACCGAGUUUGUCUCUUUUGCCUCUGCCGGUGGCGGCGCUCUCAUUUUCAAAAAGACCAAGCGAGCCAAGCGACAGGUCAAGGAGGCCGCACCACCGCCAGCAGAUGAGGAGAAGGGAAGCAGUGGGUCUAGCAACGGCUCGGCAAGCAAGACUCAGACCAUGGACGACGACGCUGCUGUUGAUGGCGAAACUCAAGAGGGUGCUAUGAAAGGAAUCACCAAGAGUGAAAGCAUCUUCACCUGGCGAGAUGUCCACUAUACUGUCCCAUACCUCGGCGGCGAACGCCAACUUCUCAAUUCCGUCAAUGGAUACGCGAAACCGGGCAAGAUGGUUGCUUUGAUGGGUGCCUCUGGAGCGGGAAAGACCACUCUACUCAACACUUUGUCUCAGCGCCAAGUCAUGGGGCGUGUCGAGGGAGAAAUGUUUGUGGAUGGCCGCCCGCUUGGCAUCUCUUUCCAGAGGAAUACCGGUUUCUGUUUGCAAGGCGAUCUUCACGACGGCACGGCCAGCAUUCGUGAGGCUCUGGAAUUCUCUGCCAUUCUGCGACAGGAUGCCAGCGUGCCGCGUUCGGAGAAGCUUGCCUACGUUGACACCAUCAUCGACCUGCUCGAGCUCAACGAUCUCCAGGAUGCACUCAUUAUGAGUCUUGGAGUCGAACAGCGCAAGCGUGUGACGAUUGGAGUGGAAUUGGCCGCCAAGCCAUCUUUGCUUUUGUUCCUCGACGAGCCUACCUCUGGCCUGGACUCUCAGGGUGCUUAUUCGAUCGUCCGCUUCUUGAAGAAGCUGUCUCAAGCCGGACAAGCCAUUGUUUGCACCAUCCAUCAGCCGUCGUCCGUUCUCAUUCAGGAAUUCGAUAUGAUACUCGCACUCAAUCCUGGAGGCAAUACCUUCUAUUUUGGAAACGUCGGAGAGAAUGGUCAAACUGUCAUUGACUAUUUCGCCGCUCGUGGGACGCAUUGCCCACCCGAAAAGAACGUGGCCGAGUUCAUCCUCGAGACCGCCGCGCGCCCUGGCAAACGCGAAGACGGAAGCCGUAUCGACUGGAACGAAGAAUGGAGAAACUCCAAGGAGGCGGCAGCCGUCAUCGAGGAAAUCGAAGGCUUGAAACUCACCCGGAGCCAAACGGUCCCCGAAAAGAAGAAGAAGGAACAGGAGAAGGCAUUUGCCGCUUCCACCUGGCUACAGACGACGGAGCUCACUCGAAGGACCUUUAAGCAGCACUGGAGAGACCCCAGCUACAUCUACGGCAAGCUAUUCGUCGCUGUCCUUGUGGGGAUCUUUAAUGGAUUCACCUUCUUCCAGUUGGGCAAUUCCGUCCAAGACUUCCAGAACCGACUCUUCACGGCAUUCCUCAUCGUCACGAUCCCGCCUACCGUCGUCAAUGCCGUCGUCCCCAAGUUCUUCCAAAACAUGGCUCUCUGGCAAGCUCGUGAACUGCCCUCUCGAAUCUACGGCUGGUUCGCGUUUUGCACUGCCCAGGUUGUUGCAGAGAUCCCUGCCGCGGUGGUCAGCGCCUUUCUAUACUUCACCCUCUGGUACUGGGCUACUGGUCUCCCCACGGAAAGCUCGGUGUCUGGCUACGUCUUCCUGAUGACCAUGCUCUUUUUCCUCUUCAUGUCGAGCUGGGGUCAGUGGAUUUGUGCCUUUGCACCCUCAUUCACUGUGAUCUCGAAUUUACUGCCCUUCUUCUUCGUCAUGGUCUCCCUUUUCAACGGAAUUGUCCGCCCGUACGCCCAGAUUCCGGUUUUUUGGAGAUACUGGAUGUAUUAUGUCAAUCCAGCGACCUACUGGAUCUCAGGCGUGCUCGCCGCUACAUUGAAUGGCAUUCCCGUCCGGUGUCAACCAGACGAGACUGCUCGGUUCAAUCCACCUCCCGGACGGACGUGCGCCGAGUACGCGGGCGACUUUGCCAAAUCCGCCGGUGGCUACCUGCUCAACCCCUCCGCCACUUCGGUCUGCGAGUACUGUCAGUACAGUUCCGGGAAUGACUAUUUGACGGGCCUGAACAUUCAGGCCAGUGAGAAGUGGAGAGACUUUGGCAUAUUUUUGGUGUUUGUGUGCACCAACUACAUGCUGGUGUAUUUCUUCAUCUACACCGUGCGUAUCAAGGGGUGGAGCUUCGGGUUUGGCUACAUCUUCGGCGGGCUGGGUAAGAUUGUUGGUGCGGUGAAGAAGCCUUUUGCGAAGAUGUUUGCUGGGAAGAAGGGGAAGCAGGAGGAGUGAAACGUGUUGAAGGGAUGAGGUGGAGUUGGCGAGAUGGAGCUUGACGUUCUGAUACACUAGACUGGAUGGGUAUACAAUAAGUAGGAUACUAAUAUUGGAACUUUGCUUUUCAUUAUGAAGCGGAAUUCUCGCAGCCUUGUUCGAACGGCGUUGCAAAUUUCCGUUUCGGGAAGGUACCUCAUCGCCCGCCAAACUUCACCC